AUGAACGGAUCAGUCAGAAUCAAUGCAGUCAACGAAGACGGCGAAACCUUUACCGAUGACCUAUCCGCAGGAGAUGUCUGGUUCUUCCCUGCCGGCAUCCCUCACAGCAUCCAAGCUGGACCCACUGGAGUUGAGUUCCUUCUCGUCUUUGACGAAGGCAGUUUCAGCGAGGACAACACUUUCCUUCUCUCGGAACUCUUUGCCAGAAAUCCCAAAUCUGUUUUGGCCAAAGAUCUCCGCGUAGACAUCUCGGCUCUGGACCACAUCCCCCAAGACCAACUUUAUAUCUUCAAUGGCUCGGCAUACCCAGCCAAUGUUUCUGACCCCCUCAACAACAUCACCGGUCCCGCUGGUGUGAUCCCCAACUCCAAAGGCUACUCCUACCAUUUCUCCGAACAAGCACCUUACGAAGUCCCCGGCGGCAGUGUCAAGAUUCUCGACACACAGACUUUCCCGGCAGCCUUUGACUUUGCCGUCGGUCUCUUCACAAUAAAGCCCGGAGCCAUGCGCGAAUUGCACUGGCACACCACCAGCGACGAGUGGGACUUCAUCCUCUCCGGUCAAGGCAGACUGACUCUGUUCCAAGCACCUCAAGCCUCUCGUACCUUUGACUUCCACGCCGGCGAUGUGGGUUAUGUUCCCGUGGUCACUGCACACUAUCUCGAAAACACUGGAACCGAGGAUUUGGUUUACUUGGAGGUGUUGCAGGCACCCAUCUACAAUGAUGUCAGUGUUGCGCAGUGGUUGGGAUUGACUCCCAAGCAAGUCGUCAAGGAACAUUUGGGCUUCAGCGAUGAUACCCUGAACCGCCUCCCGAAGAUUAAGCCGUUCAUCUUGCCUGGAGACACUGAUUUGGGUCAGACUAACUUUACCUCCGAGGCUGAGUAA